GGACCACAGAAACUCAACAAAUCCGUUUGAUAUGGACGCCACAAUAAAUAGUCAGUCAAAUGAAUUUCCCAACUACGACAACAUCACGACGGAGAUGGAUUCAAGUGGGGAAAGCUUGGAGACCGAGGACAGCGUAGACAGCGAGGACAGUCUGGAUAGCGCUAAUAUUGAGGACAGUGAAGACAGUAUUGCAGCGCAGUUGAGGUCGUCAUUUAUUGCAUCGGACGAUGAUGACAUGGACUUUGCCAUGGUAUGCCAGAUGUGGGAAUCAACCAAUGGAAUUCUGGGGAAGCAGCCCCAACGGACAUGUCUGUACACUGGAGAAAUGUACGCUCAACAUUUAUUGAAUGGUCGUCCGCGCACAAUUCGGGAGGUCUUGCGGAUGGAUGCACCAACGUUCAGGUCCCUUUGUGAUGAAUUGAAACGCAGAGAGUUCAUAAAGGUGGACAAGAACAAGUUAUCUAUAGAGCAAUCGCUUGCUAUAUUUUUAUAUGUAUGUGGACAUAGUGAAAGACAUAGACUUGCGGCUGAUCGUUUUCAACACUCAACGGAAACCAUUCACCGACAUUUCAAAAUUGUGAUGAGAGCAUUGUGUCGUCUUGCUGUCCUUAUCAUUCGACCUCCUGACCCGAAUGUUGUUCCUCCUGAAAUUCGAAACAACCCGAAGCGUUACCCAUGGUUGAAGGACUAUAUUGGGGCAAUCGAUGGUACGCACAUUGCGGAGCAUGCACCUGCUUCAAAGAGAACUGCAUAUCUUGGUAGGAAGGUUGCACUAACACAAAACGUUCUUGCAGCAUGCUCAUUUGACCUCAAAUUUACUUUUGUUUAUCCCGGUUGGGAAGGUAGUGCAAUUGAUUCACGAGUGUUAUCUGAUGCGCUUACACGCCCCGAUGUAUCCUUCUCGCUUCCUCCUACAGGUAAAUAUUACUUGGUCGAUGCGGGUUUCACAAAUAUGACGGGAUUCCUCGCACCAUAUCGUUCAGAACGCUAUCAUUUGGACCAAUUUGGUGGAUGUCGACGUCGUCCAAAUGGGUAUAAGGAGUUGUUUAAUUAUCGGCAUUCAUCACUAAGAAAUAUGAUAGAACGAAGCUUUGGGGUGUUGAAGAAUCGUUUUCCUAUAUUGAGAUCUAUGCCGAACUACAUGCAAGUGUGGCAAGGCACAAUAGUUACAGCAUGUUGUGCUUGUCACAACUGGAUUCGCAUGCACUCUGCAAAUGAUCCAUGGUUCAAUAGGUGCGGUAAUGCACGUGCGGGGCAAGCAGUACCCGCAACUCCUGCGGCAGGAAUUUCCAAUGAAGCAGAUGAAGUCAUGAAUGAAACGGUUCAACUUCGUGAUGAAAUUGCGACAGCAAUGUGGAACAACCAUAGGGUUCAUCCAUAGUACCACAUUAAACUUGUCAUUUGUAUUGUUCAGUUGGAUAAUCUUUUGUGGUUAGAUUUAUGUAAGACCUAAGAAGUUUGUUUGACUUAUGUGUUGCGGUUGAACAUAUGGAUAUAUGUAAUCACCCUUGAUG